GGCUGGUGGAGCUGCCACGUGAACGCGAUUUAAAGCCACAUCAUUCCAGCGGAUUAGGGCAAGGCUUAGGGUUUUCGCGCGGAGCAACAGAGAUCCACAGCCAUGUACUUCGGGGGAUAUGGCAUCAAUUUCUCGGCCUUGCCGUUUGAGCAGAAUUAUCGCUGCUAUUCCGCCUCCUUCAUCGACAAGCCUCAUCUGGAGAACGGCGACAAAGUGAUCAUGCCUCCGUCCGCCCUGGACCGCCUGGCGUCGUUACGGAUCGACUAUCCCAUGCUCUUUGAGGUGCACAAUCCCGCCACGUCGCGGACAUCACACUGCGGAGUUCUCGAGUUCGUGGCCGACGAAGGAAUCAUCAUCAUGCCUUACUGGAUGAUGCAAAACCUCUUGCUUCAAGAGGGCGACCUUGUGAGAGUGAAAAGCGCGACGCUCCCCAAGGGCAGCUAUGUCAAGUUGCAGCCUCACACCAAGGACUUUCUUGACAUUUCCAACCCCAAGGCUGUAUUAGAAACCACGCUGAGGAAUUUCUCGUGCCUCACUGUGGGUGACAACAUCAUGGUGGCGUACAACAACAAGAAGUACUACAUUGAUAUUGUGGAAGCCAAGCCUGCACCAGCAAUCUCAAUCAUCGAAACGGACUGCGAGGUUGACUUUGCUCCGCCACUCGACUACAAAGAGCCAGAGAGGGCGGCGCCACCACAGCAGCCGCCUGCGGCCGCCACAGCAGCUGACGGAGAAGCUGAGGCGGCCGAGGAGCCCAAGUUUAACGCGUUUACGGGUGUUGGAAGGAGACUAGAUGGGAAGGCACCAAAGGCGUGGCCUGUGCCUUCCACACAAGAGGCUCCGGCUGUUUCCGCACCAAAGCCUAAGGUAGUUCCUCCUGCUCCGGAUCCCGCACAAAGACCGCAUGGAAAGCUUGUGUUUGGGCCAGCAACGGCAAAUGCUGCUGACGCAACUCCAAAGCCACCCGAGAAGCCCAGUGAGGAGAAAGAAGAAGCUCCCAAGGAAGCAAAGUUUCAAGCCUUUACUGGCAGGAAGUACUCUUUGAAAGGUUGAGGUUUUAUAGACAUGUAAAUUGCGCCUGUGUACAUAAUUGACACUUUGAAUAAGCAUACAUGUUUGAUCA